AUGGCUGCCGAUACAGGGCAGAACGAAAGCCCUUCAACGAGAUGGACCAAUUUCAAUCCCACUUUCCUGGCUGUAAUGAUCGUUUGCGGAGUAUUAGCCUUCUUCUUCCUCAACUACUUCAACAGAUUGUUCGCCUCCGUGAUUUCGUACCUGAUCCGUCUCUACACAUGGCACAAGCAUAAAAUAUGGAUAGACAUACAAGCAUUGCAGGUGUCCCUGCUUGCUGGCCGUGUCUUCUUCACUGGCUUUCGCUACCACGGAAAUAACGAAACGAUUCUAAUUCAGAAUGGCUACAUCACAUGGUCCUAUUGGUUGUGGAGAGUCAAGGAUGUUGAUCUUGCCCUGCCCAAAGAGCAUGAAAAAUCCAAAGAGGGAGAUGCCGAAAACCCAGCCGACAAAAAGGACAAGUCCAAGAGGUUGCCAUGUCGCAUCAACAUCGCCGUCUCGGGCCUGGAGUGGUUUAUCUACAAUCGAAGUCCUGUAUAUGAAUCAAUCCUCGUCGGCAUGACAGACCCCGUGGAUCUGGACGAGAACACUGCACACGAUCCAGAAAAGGGGCCUGAUCACCCACGCCAAAGACUCCAAAGAGCAUCGCAAAAGGUCGAGGAACAAUUGAAUAAAUUGGAUUCUAGAAGGUCGGACAAGAAAGACUCGGAGACGUCCAAUGAAGAGAGGUACAGCCCCAAUGGGCAUCGGCUCAAGGCAUCACGCUCGACAUCUCUUACGAACCAGGAUGAUGAUGAUUCUGACGGCGCUGGCGAGAUGCCCCUCAUGCUUCAACUCCUACCCAUUCAUUUUGAAUGUGACAGGGGCGCUGUAGUUAUGGGCAAUGAGAACACCAAGGGUGUCCUUAUCGUCAAGACGCAAUCCUUGUCUGGAGAAAUCAAUGCCAUAGGAUGCGAAACGCCCGAUCCUUACAGACAAAUCUUCAAGAUCCAGUUUGAGCAUCCUAUCAUUGAAAUGAAGGACAACGAGAGAUAUCAAGAAGACCAACUGACAAGAGCUGUAAGAGAUAAGCAAGCCGCCCUCGAUACCGGAGCACCCCCGUAUCGUUCGUUCUUCAGAAGACACCGUCGCAGAGUUUUGGGUAAAUUACGAGACAUGGUUCCGUACUGGAGAAGAUCCGUCGAAUCCUUUUCGGUGCAGUCUAGAAAGGCAACUACAGCUGCAGACAAUCAUUUACCCGGCUCACAUCAUUGGCAGGGACUCACCAGAUACUUGAAUGAGGAUGGUGAAGGCGACAAGCUACGCUGGUCAUCAGUAGAAUAUGCCGCUGUAAACACCAUCCUUGACAGCCCCGAAGCUACCCUCACUAUCUUUUGGGACGUUCCCGGAAAAGUGACCAGGGCGGAUGACCCGGGGGGUUCCGCAAGAAAUGAUAACAUCAACGGGGCAGCACCGCCUGCUUGGGCCAUAAAUCUAGCUGUCAGCGGUGGCAUGGUCAAUUAUGGUCCAUGGGCAGAUCGGCACCGAGCUGAACUGCAGAGAGUGUUCAAUCCCACUCUGAAUAAGGACGCAGUUGCGGCAAAGAAGCUCCAAAUUGGCGCGGACCGAGUUCCGACUCAAUUCAAGCUCUACUUGGAGAUCGACAAGGAAGUCACAUUGAGAAUACCUACCAGGGAGGACUCGAAGAAUUGGAGGUGGAAAAAGGAAGCUGCAGAGCUACGCCAAUACCAGAAACAGGAGCGGCGACGGGGCAAGAAAGAAAACAAGGACAAGCCCGCCAGUGCCGCUGCUCAACAGCGGCCUCAUGGGUGGCUCGAUAUCAAGAUUGGGGCCAACGCAACAGUAUCCUACUCAAUGGACAUGUUGGCGAGCCCCUCUGGUUACCACAAUACUCUGGAGGUCGAACUCCCAUCAACCGAGAUAUCUACCAGUGUCAACCACGGAACCUUGUGGAAGUCGGGAACACAGCGCAUCACAUGUGACAUGUCUGCUCCCCUCAAGUGGAACAGUCUCCGCAAUUGGAAAUUCGAUAUUGAGGGAGACGAACUGGAACUAUUCAUCUUGAGAGACCACAUCUUCCUGCUGACCGAUCUCAUAGAUGACUGGGGAAGCGGUCCUCCACAGGAUUACCUGCUUUUCGUACCUUUCAAGUACUUCCUGAACUUUCAAUUCCGCAACCUGAAGUUGUUUCUGAAUGUCAACGAUGUGAACAUCGUGAACAACCCGACAGAUAUGGAAGAGAAUACCUUUUUGAUCCUCUCAACGCCUUUGCUGAAGGCUGAUACGUGUAUUUGUCUGGAUGCCUUUCGCCCAAGCAGGAAUGCUGUGCCCUUCAAUGUGCAAGCGGACGCACUGGAUAUUGCACUCCACCUGCCGGCCUGGAAUACCCAAGCGACAUUUUUGACUUCAAAAGACUUUGGUCGGCUAGAGAGCCUGGCACUGGACGGCAAAUAUCAUUACAAUGCAUCAACAUCGCCCACGAAUACCGAUACUCUGGUCCUGAAUGUCAAUGGACAGUCACCUGUCGUUGUACUCUACGGCUUUCUUAUCCGAUACUUUUUGCAACUCAAGGACAAUUAUUUCGGUGAUCAUGUACACUUCAAAACUCUCGAUGAGUAUCAGGAAAUGCUCCGUCUGAAAGCUACCAACCCAGAUCUCGAGGCUGCCACACAUCCGCCACACAAGAAGUCGAACGAUAUGGAUGUGGUUCUGAGCGUCAAGACCGACGAUCCAAAGAUCCUAUUGCCUGCGAAUCUGUAUUCGGCGAAAAGGCAUAUUGCCAUCGAGGGAGCAGGCCUGGCCGUCGAUCUUCGAUUCACAAACUACUACAUGGAUCUCGAUCUGAACAUAAGCCCAUUGGGUUUAUCAUUGGGCAGUGACGAAGAUGGCGCAAUCAGUCCAAUAAGCUCAACAUCUAGCACGCAAAUGUAUAUAGAUGGCCUCGGGAUAUACGGUCAUCGACUGUUCGGAUUGCCCCCAACUGAGCCAACUUAUCUAUGCAACUGGGAUUUGUCUGUGGGUGCAAUCACGGGAGAAUGCACCACAGAAUUCUUGAUGACACUUGUUGGCGGAGCCAAAGCCUUUGGGUUCUCUCUGGACGAUGACGAGAAUGCGCUCAUACCCUAUUCGUCCGUGGUCAUGUACGAUGUGACAUUUCUGAGGGUCAUCGUCCAUUCCAUAGAACUAUGGUUGCACGUCGAUGAAGCUGCUUUUCUGUUUUCUACCAAACAGAUUGAUGUCAACUUCAAUGAUUGGGCAAGGACACACUAUUCAAAGCGCGCCAACAUCAAGGUACCCGAUCUUCAGAUUGCCUGCGUCAAUUCAGAGUCCGCUGCGAGACACAAGUCUAGACUGCGUAGUCGAGUAGAGACCGAUGCAAUGCUAAAGACAAGCAUCCACUUUGCCAUUAUCGGGAGGAAGCCUGAUUUUGCAGAGGCAAGAAGGAUACAACAAGAACUAGUGCGUCGCGAAGAUCAAAGGACGCACCGUACAGAGUUCCUUUUACAGCACGGGAUCCUUGGUCCUUAUAUCCCAGACGCUGUCGAUGAACCUGCCCAGAGUGUGCCCAUGGUGCCACAAGCUGUGUUCCUUGAUCCUGACAAUAAUGACAAGAGGACUCUGUCUUCACAAGGGUCUGCUCGUCAGCCGAGCCGCUCUCUUGGUCAUAAGAGCUCAUUUCUCUCAUUCUCGACCGAGAGCAACGACAGCAAGAAGCGUUCCCGCUCAAUGAGGUCAUCUUGGCGGAUGCCAAGUACCAGAGAGCAAGCGUCAAUGUCCGAGCAGAAGUCAUCCGAAAUCCGGCCUAGGAUGGAUAGGAAGCACUCAACUUCAACAGGCCGCCAUUCCGCAUUGUUUUCUACCUCCGCACCUCAACACGAGAAGCGAGAUAUGACUCAUAAUACCGUGGCAUUCUCAAGUCAAUUCUUUGCACCAUACUUUCCACUGGAAAAUGUCCGCCCGGAGACCAACGAGCCUGCCAUGCAAAGCUUUGCAGACUAUGACGACGAUGAUGCAUUUCACACAGCCCAAUUUGGACUCGAUGACAUUGAUCCUGAACAGCUCAGCCAGGGUUCAGCAUAUUCCAGCUUUCUCAUCGAGAUGCCCUCGGGAGUGACUGCUUUCUUGAAUGCAGCUUCGCUGAAGUCCAUUGCUAGCUUGAUAGGUGCCCUGCAAGCCACCCAACCGGAAGAUAUCCUUGAUAAUGCACAAAUCAGUGCCAUGUCUGAUAUUUUUGAUGCGCAGAAACAACAGAAGACGAAUGGAAGCAUCACAGAUGUCGUCGUGCGACUUCCGCAAGCGAAUCUGCGGUUCUUGAACUGCUCCAAUCUUGACUCGCCAGACCCAUCCCUGGAAGCGCAGGACCAGUAUGAUUUUUCGAUUACGAAGCUUGCUCUAGCUGCACGAACAGAGAAAAGCUUGGCAGAGCAUGAAUCUUUCAAGGGAACCAAGACGUCAUUCCAUCUCCGCGUCGCCUCUAUUGGAGCCUCGGCAGCAGAACGCCUGGCUAAUCUUGACGCAGCCCAAGCCGCAGUCGCAGCUAGUCUCGAGCAUGUAUUGAUAUCCAUGGGGUCAAAGGAUGUCACGUAUAUAGACGGGGACGUUGGCUCGCUUCGUGCAAGUUCCUCCUCGGACAGCAUCGAAUAUCUGGCCGCGUUGAUUCACAGAACCAACAUACUUGCUGCCGAGAACGGAACCCUAUUCUCAAAGGUAUUAGGCCGAGGAGAGCAGCGUCUCAAGUAUCUCACCCACCGCCUCAUGGCCGAUAGCCAAUCAAUCGGAGAUCCAUCCUUUAUUGUCCGGCCUUCGGCAAUCUUGAGAGCAGCCUCGGAGCAUUUGAGAACGUAUGAUUCCUGGAAGCUUAUCUCGAGGCUUCGCCAGGUCUGGUCUAGCACGAACAGGAAAACACAGGAUGGCCUACACAUGGACUGUCAAAACUCCGACUUGGCUCUACCUGAUGAUGCACGACAGAAAGUGGUCAUGUCCUUCCAAAAAUGGAGAAAUUGGGACUUGGACAACAUUGAUGGCUCGGAAUUGAUGAAAAACAUAUUUGGCACUGCUAGUAUAGGUGCCGCACUGUCGUCCCAGGCAAUGCCACUCAUGGCCGUUUUUCGUCUACAAGAAGCUGCCUUUGUGCUAGACCCUGGUCCGAAACAGAAUCAGAUCUACGUGGUGGACAUCACCACGAGGCUCCACACCAAAGAAACACAGCUGGAAGAGAUGCGCGAGGCUACAGGAACUGUACUGGGCCCAUUGACUGUUGUCAACGCAUGUUGUUCCCAAGCAGGUAUCAAUCUUAAUUGGGAGCUCCUUGAAUUGGCCGAAAACAUCCUCAAACUCUACGGCAAAUCUGGGGGCCAGGAUGAACAGGAAAACACAGAACACGAGGAAAAGAACAAAGUGGCGACGACCAAAUCGCCGGCUCCGAGCUCGAUCCAUGUUGCGUUCAGCCUCAGACAAGGAGCCAUCUCUCUUGAGACUGUCAAUCUCAGAUCUGACCUUCAGAGUGACAAUCUAAACGUGUCGGUCUUGAUGGCUAAGCGGGGUGACAUGACAGACAGCAACGCUAUAUUGGCGUGUAGCUCGGUUACAACGAGGCUCCGAAGUCACCAGCAGCAAUUAACGACACUUCGACUCAAAGGACCGAGCGUCUUCCUGUCUCACGAGCUGCAAUUAGCGAACUUCACUUCAGUCCAUACAGUGAAGGCAACAGCAAGUAGUGACGACCUGAAAUUGAUUAUCAAGCAGGAUCCAAUCAUGCUGUCCGAGGUCCUCGAUACUGUUGUGAGAGACGAAGUCUCGCAGCUGUACCAGCUCAAGGAUCAUUUGCCACCAUCGGCUGAACCUGCACCAUCAAAACCCAAGAUUACUACACGUCUCUCAUCAUUUCGUGUCAACUUGGCCAUGUUCCUCAAUUCUUACACCAUUACGGUACCACUCUUUCGAUCUCUGACUUACACGAUCAAGGGUGUAGUAGCCAGAGCUGCAAUGGCGGCUAAUUUCGGCAAGGAAAUCAUAUUUGACUUCGACAUCAAGGAGAAUUCCCACAACAUGCAGAUUCUGGUCAAUAAUGAGCUGCGCAGCAUAUCAGUCCUGCAACUCCCACCAACAAAUGGGCGCAUUACAAGUCAAAUGCAGCAAGAGGAACAUACCGUCACAGUCUUUGCGUCCGUGGAACUUAUACAGCUCGAUGCUUCUGCUGUCUACAGUUUGCUUGCCGCGCUAAACAGACCAGAGAUGUCAAAUGCUAUCGACGAAUUGCAACACCAAGGCAAACUGCUACAAGAACAUGUCGAGGAAAUCUUUGGGCCCACCGAUCAGUUGCAAGACACGCCAAAAGAGGCGGCCGAAAAUGAAAAGAAACUGGUGUAUGUUGUCCACACUACACUAGCUGGUAUAGAGAUUUUCGGUCAAUCUCCCCUCAAAUCCGAUGCAGAAUCUCGAGCCCAUCUGUCUUUCUGUAUUUCCAGUAUACAUGUCGAGGUAGCCAACCGACUUGAGGCUCGAGGUCCGAUCCUGGAGAAUCCCGAAGUCCAUGCCAAUCUUCGGCAAAUUAUGUUUGAUAUUGCAAAGGGUACUAGUGAGGAGUCAAUGAGGACCUGUGGAAAUCUGUCCUUUGGGGCUCUGAUCACCGCAACGACCAAAGAAUUGGAAGAUGGGACAGAUCGGAGAUCAUUCGAUUUCCUCAGCAACGGAUUGCAAAUCAAUUUGUCUGCAGACACGAUAGCUACCGUUGUGGACGUCCUUGGUUAUAUGGGUGACAAGAUCAAGGAUCUUGACACCAUGAAAGAAAUCGAAUACUUGCAAAAACGCCUGCGGCAAUCUCGCCCUCGGAUCACAAUUAAUGAUCAAGAAGAGGAAGAAGAGGCCAAGAGCGACAUAUUUGAUUCUUUCUUGGCGUCUAUCUUCUAUUCCUUUGAAAUAACCAAUAUUCAGUGCUGCUGGAUAGUCGCACCAAGCUAUGAGCAUAUUGCUGACCAGGAAGAUCUCGUGUUCUCCCUGCAGAGGGUUGAAUUUGCCACUCGCAAGAAGAACACGGCCAAGCUCACAAUUGAGAAUCUUCAAGUGCAAAUGGUACCUCCGGGCCAAGACAAACUGCAGCGGUCCCACAACUCGGCGCUUCUACCUGAGGUCAUCUUCAAUGUGGCUUUCGUAUCAACGCUCGAUACUCGUCGCCUGGCUUUCCAAGCUGUUGGAAAAUCACUGGACCUCCGUGUCACAUCCGGUUUCAUCGUACCGGCUGCGAAGCUUGCCGACUCCAUUGGCUUGUCAAUGAAGAAUGCAAGGAAAUCCUCAGCGAAUUGGACGACAAUAGUUGCUACGGAUAAACCCGCCCCGACGCCUGUGAAGAAGCCACAACGCUCGCUUUUUGGCAACAAAAGACUAGAGUCUUGUCUUGUUGACCUUGAGUUUGCCGGUGCAACGGUUACCUUGACGGGCAAGAAGCAAGCUGAAGGAGCCGAAGGCCAUGCCUUUGCACGAUUUCACCGCCCUACUCUGUCUGGGAAAUAUGGCCAGUUCACCAGUGACGAUGCCAAUAGUAGCACGACUCUCAAGUCUCCAGGCCUAGCCUGGAAGACGGAAUACAGAGAUGAUGGCAAUGAGGAUCCUGCAGUAUACGGAGAGAUCAAAGUUGACGCAUCCAAAAACACCCUGUACCCAUCGGUCGUGCCAUUGAUCAUGGACAUCACAUCCAGCAUCAAAGAAGUUGUCAGCAGUUCUGAAGCAGAAUCUGUUUCACCGGACUCACUGCGCAGCAAAAACAGCCAAGCCCCCAAGCCCAAAACACCGGAAGAGGAUAAUAUACUGACGGCUGAUCCCAGCGCAGUUCUUGGGCGUACAAAGCUCAAUAUUGGAUUGCGCAUCUGCAAGCAAGAGUUUACAUUGAGCUGUCAACCUAUCGCGAGAGUUGCAGCCACUUCUUGCUUUGAUGACAUUUACCUCACCGUCAACACUGUGCAAUCGGCUGAUUACGGCAAUUUCUUCGCCAUCUCUGGAACGUUCAGCAAGCUCCAGACUUCUGUACAGCAUGUUUACUCGAGAGAACAUACUGGCCGGUUCGAGGUCGAUUCUAUUGUUCUAUCGCUGAUGAACAGCAAACACGUUAGUGGCACCAGUGGUGUUUCUGCCAUUCUCAAGGUCAGUCCCACAAAGGUCGACAUCAACGCCAAGCAGCUUCAGGACUUUCUACUGUUCCGCGAGAUUUGGGUACCUCGUGGGCUUCAAGAGGCAGCCACGUCUGCGCCUGUCAGUAUACCUUCGGCCGAGGCCCCGCAAAGUCACCUUGUGCAACGAUACCAGCAGGUCGCAGCCACCGCUGCGUUUCCAUGGACUGCGACGAUAUCCAUCGCUGCUCUCGAUGUCAAUGUAGACCUUGGGCAGUCUCUCGGCAAGUCAGUGUUUGCGAUUUCCGACUUCUGGAUAUCUUCUAAGAAGACAUCGGAUUGGCAACAAAACCUAUGCCUUGGCUUCCAGAGGAUUGGUAUCGAUUGUGUCGGACGCCUAAGUGGCUUUGUUGCAUUACAAAACUUCAAACUCCGCACAUCCAUAGAAUGGCCAAAUCGUGAAGCCGCCUUGAAUGAAACACCACGGAUUCAGGCCUCUAUUGGAUUCAGUCAGUUCCGGCUCAAGGCUGCAUUUGAUUAUCAAGCGUUUCUGUUUGCAGACAUCACCUCGAUGGCGUUUAUGAUGUACAACGUUCGGCGGCGGGGAGAGGGGAGCGGCGAUAGACUCGUCGCCGUUUUUGACGGUGAAGCCGUGCAGAUCUUCGGCAUGACGACCUCGGCAGCAUCAGGAGUUGCACUCUGGCAGGCGAUUCAAAAACUCAUACAGGAGCGGAAAGCCCAGUAUGAAACCUCGCUGCGAGACAUUGAGAAGUUCAUGAAGCGAAAGUCGCUUGCAGCAACGGGGGCAUUGACACAUUCUACUGCAACCUUAAAGCCAACAGUCAGCGAUGUCAUGUCGAAAUCCCCCAUUUCCCUAGAUACGGAUGUUGUCGUGACCCUGAAGGCCUUGAACCUCGGUGUGUUCUCGGGCACCUUCUCAGAUGAUCGCAUCUUCAAGCUUGAAGCACUCAAUGCGCAGGCUCGUUUCGCAGCUUCUCUUCAACAUCGUCGUAUCCAUAGCGUCCUGGGACUGACGCUCGGCCAGCUACGGAUAGGUCUGGCUAAUGUCCGACGCGUUUCAGCACCCAAAACCGUCUCCGAGCUAUCAGUGGAAGAUGUUGUGGCUUCCGCUACCGGGUCUCGCGGAGGCACAAUCCUCAAGGUUCCCAAGGUUGAAGCCGUUAUGCAAACGUGGCAGACGCCAGAUUCUCGAGUGAUUGAUUACAUAUUCAAGUCUGCAUUUGAAGGAAAAGUCGAGGUCGGGUGGAAUUACGCAAGAAUCAGUUUCAUUCGUGGCAUGUGGGCCGCUCAUUCCAAAGCCUUGGCCCGGACUUGGGGCCGAGAACUGCCGGAAGUGAGCGCAAUCAAGGUCACUGGUGUUCCGGAGCCAUCAGUUCCGGGAGAGGGCAAGGAAGAACACGGCAUGGAGCAACAGACCAAGAUUACCGCCGAAGUCAAUGUGCCGCAAUCCAAGUAUGAGUAUAUUGCUCUCGAGCCACCCAUCAUCGAGACUCCGCAGCUCAGAGAUAUGGGUGAGGCAACGCCACCGCUUGAAUGGAUCGGUCUCCACCGAGAAAGGCUGCCAAAUUUGACACACCAGAUCGUUAUUGUCAGCUUGUUGGAGCUGGCUGGUGAGGUGGAAGAUGCGUACGAAAGGAUCAUGGGCUCCUCGUGA